UAUGGCUACCGCAAGAUGUGUAUUUUAUAAUUGGUUUUAGUGUUUUAGUUCAUUUAAUUUCUUUGUUUCAUUUUAAAAAUAUGAAUCAUUGGAAUCAAAGAAUGAUGUUUCCUAACAUGCCGGCAGGAAUUCCUCAGAAUGCUCAAAACCAACAGAACUUUUACAGACCUCCAACUUCGCAACAAUUUUAUCCAAACCCUUCUGGAGUCCAAUAUCAAGGCAAUUUUCAACCAAGAGGAUCCUUCGCACAAAAUAUAAACACCAUGCCUCAAAAUUAUCCUCCGGCAGUUGCAUCGCAGCCACAGACAACCAGGCCCAUGACGCAGGCUGAACUUGAAAGCUUAAAGAAAAAACGAAACUUUGAAGAGCAACAAAAAAGAUUAAUGGCUUUUAAGCACAAGGGAGGGGUUCAGUCUAAAAAAUCACAAGUUGAAAAUCCAUUAAAUGACUUGUUUGGAACAAAAGGAAACUCAGGUGGAAUGACAUCUUUACUGGGGUCCUUUGGAGAUGUUAAAAAUUCCAAGAGCAGCACUUUUCAAGGGCAACCUGGUUCACAAAACAUCCCUGGCCAGAUCACACCAAGCUACCACACCAACCCAAUGCAAAAUAUCCCAGGUCCAACACAGGCAAACAUUGUUUCAUCAAAUUGGAACACUUAUGGAAUAGCUAACACCCAUCCUACUGUGCCAAGCUCUCAACCUGCAGGAGAUUUUGAUCAGUUUCAAGGAUUUAGUUCUAAAACUGAUGACUUUGGGGAUUUUCAACAGAGUUCUUCAAUGCAGUUUCCAGGGGCACCUGGUCCGCAGCAGCCUGAGUUGCCAAAAAACUAUCAGUCAGAUCUAUUUGGUGCCAGUUCUAGUAAUCAGAGCAGUCACAGUAUUCCCCAAUCUAUUACAACCAUUGCACAGCACCCAGAAGUUAGCACAGACACUCCAUCGAAUGUAUUUGGUGUUAUGACUAGUGAUAAAACUAGUCAGCAACAUGCUAAUAUCCAAGAAACUAAAGUCGAGGUUCCUUCUGAAGAUGGUCAGCAAACAAGAAACAGAGUUGUUGUGCCAAGUACACCAAGUAUUGAAGACUUGAUGAAGAAAUCGCUUUCGUUGGACAGCCAGUCGCAGAGCUCUACCAAAAGAUUUGAAAAGCCAAAAAUCUCAAAAACAAUCAAAGUACAGCCGAGCCAUUUUACCGAAUCCACAAAGGCGAGUAAAUUUGAAAACUUGGAAUCGUUGUCCGAGAUUUUUACCAUCCCGGAGUCCGCUCUGGCGAAACCUGUAGAAAGGAGUGAACCCGUGACUCACAUAACUGGUGAUGAUUGGUCAGAUUUUAGCAGUGCAUCAAAAAAUGUUUUUCAAGCUCAGAAUCCGCCGACAGAGUUUGGACAAAAUAGUUCAGGCCAGGACUAUCUUUCUUCAACAGAGAUUCUUGGGCCCUCUGUAUCAGAACCUGCACCGUUCAGGUGGGAGGGUGGUAAUGAGGGUGGGCAAAGUACAUGGCAGGAACCAAAGCCCGAAAUGAGUAUUUUCUCGCAACCUUUCAACACAAUGCAAUCUGGCGGACUGUGGAACCCUCAAGUCCCGGUUGUAGCAAGCGGUAUGUUGGUCGCAAAUACACCUGCGUCACAGGGAAAUAUUCCGGUGGUUGGUCAAGGUGAAUUUGGAAACUUCCAGUCCGAGGCUCCAAGGAAUGAUCCAUUAUCUUCAACCGAACAUGAUCAAGGAAAUCGCGAAGAGUUUCCCGACAUUGAUCCAGAACAACAAAUCUAUGGGUUAUCCCUUCCUGAAUGGAGUAAAAACACCACCAUGUUGCCUGCAAUCUAUAAACAGAUCCACAAAAUGUGUUCCUCACCAGCUGGUGAUUUCAUUAGCACUAGCCAGUUAUAUCCAAUCCUGCUGUCAUCUGACCUACCACGUGAUAAACUUGGCCAUAUAUGGUCAAAAUGUAACAAAGCUGUCCCAGGAGAGUUGAACGAAAAAGAGCUAUACCUAAUUCUUGGCAUGAUUGCUCUAGCUCAGGUCGGUCUUCAAGUCAAUAAACUGACAUUAGAGAAACUGGCAUCCUGUGUUACAGCGCCCAUCCCUUCAUUCCCAGAAAAUAUUUUUCAGAAUGAGCCAACACCAGAUGUUUCUCUCCCAUCAACAUCCAACAUCGAUCCCCAACCUGAACUAACAAGCAUACCUGUCACCGAUCCAGAUACAACAACACCAGAUGACAUCUUCCAUCCUACCCCUCAUGUGGAUGCUGUGAAACACCCGGAUUGGUCAAAAUGGAAAACGACAAAAGCUGGUCAAAUUGAUGAUCAAUUUUCCGAUUUCCAAAUUUUGAAACCAAACGAUUCCUCCAAUAUCGCGCCCACGACAAAUCUGAACCUAAAUUGGUCGAGUAACACAGAAACAAGCGAUCAAUCGUUUGGUAGUUUUCAAAGUCUGUCUGGCACACUGCCGGUUGCAAAAAGUACUGAACUAACCAAUCAAGAACCGCCAAAUGCAGUGAAGUCUGAUAGUUUGGCCUUGUUUAGUCAAGGGAAAAAAUCAAACGAAGACAGGAACGAAGGUGAUAUAUUUGGUGAGAUGACUGGUGCUGAUGAGUCAAGCCAGCACGAUAAAUCUUUUGAUGAUAAACCCGUGUCAAGUUCGGCUCAUGUGAUGUCUGUACCUCUGCAAGCUUCACAACGCUACACACUGACAGGCGAGGACGAGAGUGUUGAUCAUCAUGAAAAAGCUUGGUUAAAAUGCCUUACAAGUUGUUUCACUGUCAUCAUGAAAUCUUGCCAAACUCUGCAAAAUAUCUCCGAUCCAAACGUUAUGAGCGAAAUUUUUUCUUCACAACAGGGAAUAUCACAUUUUUCUGCAAUUAUUGAAAUAUACUGUGUAUCUCAAAGAGUUAAGGCUUCAGUACUAAAAUCAGCACCUAAUAACAAGAAACUGAAAGAAAAUCUUCAGAAUAUCGAUAAUAUCUGGAAGACAUAUAUGAGCUUUGAGCAUUUCAAGAAACUUGUGUCUAUGGAGAAUUUCAACUUUUCUGGUUGCCAUAUCAACAAUGGUGAUGACGUGAAUAUGUCGUGCGGUGUUUGCUUAUUAAACGUGGAUAAAUCGUGCACAAGUUCAGCGCAAAAGAGCCAGCGUGGUAAAUUGAACUAUGGUAACAGACAAUAUCACACAACUUGUGCGAACUUCUGGUGUAAUAAAGUGGACUCCGUGUUGCCAUCGUUACAGUUUAAUGUCGCGAAUAGCUUAAUAUGAAACCCACGAGUGCAGGAUACAAUAGUAUGAAGAUUGUAUCGCGUGGGCACUGGGCACAAACACAGCUGGUCGGGCGUUUGACGUUUAGCGAGGGUUUAGAUUUAAUUCUACUACCGCUACCAUUGUGAGAGGAUGAACCAUUCAAACGUGAUAAGUAUAUCAGAUUAUCUGCUGAACCUCGCUUUUCAUUGCUUAAAGUGAUGAAUGUGAAUUCACAGUGUCAAGAACAUACAGUAAACCCAUUCAACACUCUUGCUGAACUGGCUUUCUCGCCAUUACUCUAGCCAGUAGAUUCCAUAAAAAUUGGGGAUAUGUUAGGUUAUAAAGCUGUGUGGUCUUACUGUAUUUUUUAAUACUGUGUUUAGGGCCUAGUUUGUAACAUAAAUGUUGAUUUUAGUUUUAUAGAAAAGAGACUUAAAGAUCUCGACAUUUUCUGAAGUAAAAACAGAUACGCAAUUGUUUAGCACACCGAAGCGUCCUGAGCACGAUGCUAGAAGGGAUACACAAUAUUUAUUACUGCUACAAAAGCAUACUUUAUCUGCGGGUUUGGAUUAGGGUUCUGGUUAAGAUUUGGAUUAGCAAGAACGCGGAAAUAUCUGUCUUUCGACUUUUCCUCCCUUCCCAUCAACCCAUCAAACUUCCCGCGUUUG